UAUAAUAUCCCCCCAUGAUUCACUAGCAAGGUAGUGAUGAAAGAUGGCAGAAGCUCCACCAUGUCCCAGCAACCGGUUUUUCUGUCAUAGAUGUUCGACAGAGAUCAGCCCCCGUCUCCCUGAUUACAUAUGCCCUCGUUGUGAGUCUGGCUUUAUUGAAGAAUUGCUGGAGGAGAGAGGUGCGGAAAAUGGGACUGCAUCUAGCACGUCAAGCACUGACCAAAACCAACAGAGGUUUGAGAAUCUAGAUCACCAUGUGUUCACAUUUCCCUCGGCAUAUGGCCAGUUUGCUCUGGGCAUCUUCGAUGACAACUUUGACUUUGGGACGGCGGGGGCGUCCACGGAGGACAAUCGGGAUGCAGAGCACCGCCGGGAACAUGAGACGGCAUCGCGCCAGCGCUACAGCGCCAGGCAGCCCAGGGGACGACAUGUCCCGAGGAGGCAUGCGGUACGGCACGAGGGGGUGCCCACUCUGGAAGGAAUCAUUCAACAGCUGGUCAAUGGGAUAAUUGCACCCACGGCAAUGCCAAAUAUCGGUGUAGGGCCAUGGGGGGUUCUUCACUCAAAUCCAAUGGAUUAUGCAUGGGGUGCCAAUGGCUUGGAUGCUAUUAUUACACAGUUACUAAAUCAGUUUGAGAACACCGGCCCCCCACCAGCAGACCGGGAAAAGAUAAAAAACCUCCCUACUGUGGAAGUCACAGACGAACAUGUCGGCUCUGGGCUGGAGUGCCCCGUGUGCAAAGAAGACUACAGUGCCGGGGAGUCUGUCAGGCAGCUCCCGUGUACUCAUUUAUUCCACAACGACUGCAUAGUGCCAUGGCUGGAACAGCAUGACACAUGCCCGGUGUGUAGGAAGAGCCUGAGUGGCCAGAACACGGCGAUGGACCCGCCAGACAUGAACUCUCCUCUGGACCCCCAGAACAACGAGGGCCCUCCAGACAACGACGACAGCAUGCCAAACAACUCCUAAAGACCAAAAUUGACAAGUGGCGGCGCUUGGUCUCCUGCUCUCACACCCACCCGCCCGACGAGGGGAGGGAGGGAGGGGUGUGGCCCGGGUCACUUCAGCUAGCUGACUUGGCCAGCCACCCUGUACCAUUUGGCCCAGGUGAUGACGACGUACACAAUCUAUACACUGCAGGGCCCCGCCGCCUUCUCCCAACAGGCCUCUGUGAAACCUGUUCUCCUGCUGCCAGCUGAUAUGUUGCACGAGAGGAGGAGUGAAAAAGGCAGAGCUUUUCAGAACCUCUGCAAGACAGUGGGUGGGUCAUCCCCAGUGGGCCUCGUUGAGCUGAAGAACAGGAAUACUCCCUGAUCUGUAGACUUUUCAUCCUGCUCUGCUCGCUCUUCUUGAAGAGGGAGGGAGAGGGCAUGCAUUGUUUUCACGAGACAUUUCUUAUGUAUAAUACUUUUUGGGCUGCACAAAUUAAGUUGAUACAGGCGGGAUUGUAUGUAAUGUGCCCAUUUACUGACCCACGUUUAUAUAUACCUAUAUAUAAAUAUUUAAGUAGAGCCCAUAUCUGUGACAUUGUUUUGUGAAUUGCUUAAAGGAAGCUUAAGUGAACUCUUGUGAUGGGUUUUUUAAGGAUCUGUACCUGUUAAUUGUGUAGGUGCUGUUGAAAUGACAGUUGUACAGAUUUUUUUUCUUUUAAGGGGGGGUAAAUUGGUGAAGCAACCUGAUGUGAACUUUUCAGUUAAAACAACACACCCAAAACAGUCAGGAAAGCAUUCAAUGUCAAUAAUCCCCAUAACAGAUUUACUUUUAAGUGUUAAAUAUUUCAGUUUGUAAGUAAGUCGUUAGUGCGCGAAAGCCAGAGAAAGCGUGAUCGCCUUUUUAUGGUUGUAGAGAGUUAGAGCUAAACAUAUCAAUGCUGUGGUAAAAAAAAUUGCAAUACCGAAGAGACAAUAUUUCUUUCACUAAGAGGCAAGGCAUCAUAGUCUGUCAAUCACACACCGUUAGUAAUGAAACAGACUCAACAUUGCAUAAUAGAAUGAUUGUAAAUGAUUGUAAUACACCAUCAAAAAAAGAAUCUGAUGGUUUACCAACUUCAGUGCAGUCGGAAUACAGGUGCAUGUUCAUAAUUGUUGACUGUACACUAAACCAAUUUAUUAUAUUCAUAUAAAAGUAGGAUUGGGAAGUUGAAGGCACUGCUGUGAGGAUGAAACAAAUCAUGCCAAAACAAAAACAAAUUCACUUAUGUUGUGUAAAGACGUGCCAUGAAUAUAAGGAUGUCACUUUGCUGGGUUAUUUAAGGCUAAAUUUAAAAAAAUGCUUAACUAUUUUUACCGGACUUGUGUUGGUUCUGCCAUAUAUCAGAUAGCCCAUAUUUCAGAAAUAAAACUUUCAUUUCAAAUGUGA